UUGUCAAUGAAAAUGUAAUCGUGAUGUUUGAUCAAACUAGUCAAAUAUUUCUUAUAGUUCUUGACGUCUUCCACACUAUCGGGGUUGAAAUUGUUGUAGCAUCCUUGCAAACCGGACUUUUCUCCCUCCCAAAUCUCUGUAUACGGGUCGUUAUCGGGAACCAACAUAUGAAAUACCAUGUCCUCAUCGGUACCCUUAUCAUCUACCUUUUCCAAAACUCCUAUAGACCCGGGUUCGAGCCACCCAGACAUAUAAAAUAAAUUGUUGUCUUGCUGAAAGUCGUAAAACACAGACCCUGAGCUAUACUGAACAGAAUUGCCUACUAAAAUCGUUAGAGAUUUCUUGGGGAGCUGUUUGAUAAGUUGGAGUCUUCGAUCAUAGUACUCAAUAGCCGAAAUUCCGGGAGUCAAGUAACCUGGCUUGGUUAAAUAGUGCGGCCGUGUCUCGUACGUAGGUUGGCCAAGCUUGUAAGGAGUUUUAGGCCGUGUUCGAAACAAUCUUUUAAAGACCACAAACAUGAUUUAAGAAACAAAAUGGCCCAAUCUGGCGCGACAUUGCAAUUAUGUCCGUAGUGCUUGAUGAAUACAAAGGCUUUUGUAUAGACUACAAUUGUAGCACCACCAAGCCUGAACCCAUAAUUACCACUGGAAUAGACUGCUUUGUUGAACACAAUGCCUCAUUCAAAGAGCAGAUAGAAGAAACAGAAGAUAUCCCGGUCCAGUUGCAAAACAAUAAAAGCAACAAAAAGUCAAAACAAGAGAAAAAGCUUCAAAAACAACAGAAAAAACAACGUGUAACCGAGCGCAAACUAAGACGUGAACAUCCAAAUGGGUCGGAACUCCCGACCCCCAACCAUUCCUUCAAUCCAAUCCUCACCACCAACAAGAUCAAGAAAAUAUAUUCGAAGUUGCAAACCAAAGAGGAGACAAAGUUAUUUCAAUAUGAAUCGGUAGCCCUAUACUCUACCGAUCUAGAUCAGCUCUUACCAGGCGAGUGGAUCAAUGACAAUGUUAUUUCACUCAUCUAUGAGUAUUUGAACCAAACCUACCUUCAAAAAUUUCAAAAAUUCAUCAAACUCAUCUCGCCAGCAGUAGUGCAGCUUAUGAUAUACACGGAAUAUGAAAUCAUCACCAAAAGCGACUUUGAGAAGGGAAAGUUCAUAUUCAUGCCAGUCAAUGAAACUGAAGAUGGAGACCAUUGGUUUCUUGUUGUUGUCAAUAUCCUUGAAAACUCAAUGUUAGUGUAUGAUUCGAUGGAGGGUGAUAGUGGUAGCGAAAACCAAAAUUUAUUGAACAUACUAGCAACAAAGCUAUUUAAAACUGGUAUUAUAGCCUCAAGAAAGCUAAAUAUUCUAAGAAUGAAGACUGACCAGCAGUCCAACUUCGAUGACUGUGGAGUUUAUGUGAUCAUGAUUUCAUGCUAUUUGACCCAUAUGCUCUUGAAUCAACCCAUAAACUUUGACUUAUCAAACAUCAAGUACAAUGCCCUAAAAGGCCGACUCGAUGUUCUUGAGAUUAUAGACGACUUGAACACCCAAAUCAAUAAACCUAGCUAUUAGAGCUGUUGAUUCUCGAGACUAUUACCCUCAAGUACAUUAAUAAUCAUGCCUAUAAACCUUAGAAUUAUAGGAAGGACUCUGUUAAUUAUACCGACAGGAAAGUAAGAACUUACACUGAAGAGAUAAGUCACUGCUACUUUCAUUUAGUGCAUUACCUGUUCGAAUUCGAAGUUUUUGUCGUUAUAUAUUCAUUAUAGACGUCUGCACCAGCAUGCAAUUAUCAGCCAAAUUGAGGCGUAUGAAGUAUAAUUCACAUCUAGCAUCCCAAGAUACCAGCAAUACAUGGCCAAUUGGGUAGAAAGGUUAUUCCAUCACUGAAUUAACCAAGUCAUCUCUUAACAUCGAAGCGUAAGCCUGGGCCUUGAGUAAAUGGUCUGCAGCUCUCAAAUCAUAAUUAAGACUAUUCAGUUCCUUGUCUGAAUUAUAGAAGGUUUCAGUGGUAACAUCGUAGCCUAUACCGAUUUGACUUAGACUCAAACUUCCAAUAAGCAACACAAACUGGUUAAUAUCGUCAGGCAUCUCUGCGUCCCCCAACAUGUUUCUGACGUCUUGCGUAGAAAUCCUGGACGUGAAGGACAUCAAAUUCAAAAACCAUUUGCACUUUAAAAUGGUGACAAAGUAGUUGGGAAAGCUCAUGUUACAUGCUGAUGGGAAGAGAAACAGCACCAAGUUAAAUUCGGGCUUCACUAACUCAAAGUCAAUGAGACUCAACUGCUUUACGUUAUUUGAAAGCUGAACAAGGUUGGGUGCCAAUUUGGUUAAGGCUUCAAUGAAGUCAUCCUCCAACUGAAACCCAUUGAAGGGUUUUUUAAUCAACAGAUCAAUAAGAUACACCAUUAAAUAUUCAUCCAAGAAGCCAGCCAGCUUCAAAAAUUCUAAAUCAGGCAUGUGUGAGCUGGGUUCAACACCCAUUUGCUUAAAGUUAUUAAAAUAGUGUAGUAUAUCAACCAACUGGAAUAAAACCGCCAAUUCCUUAGAAGGCGUCUGAUUCUUCAUUCUGUAAGAUUGGAUCUUUUUGUGGUUGUUCUUGAUGGUUUUGGCGGUAUGGGUUUCCUCCUCCUCGAACCAAGACUGGUACAUUUGGGUGAUAUAUAUCCAUGUGAGUAUUUCCAUGUUGUUUGAACCCAAGAGGAUUUUGCUCAAGACCAAGUUCAACUCCUUGAACUGCAUAGCUAUGUAGAACUUGGGCAAGUAAUACAUCACAAACAGAGGCUUUAUUUCCUGGUUUUCUCUCAACAUGUCCUCAACUUUGUGAUCCAAGACGUCAAGCAGUUUGUGAUCCACCUGUGCAUCGAGCUCGAGGGUGGUGUUCUUAAGUUCAGAGCCGAUGAUAUUAUACUCUAUCAUCACCGCCACACAUUCAUCAUAGAGGGCUUGGUUCUGGGUGGAUUUGUAUUGGCUGAAGAGUUUGGGAAAUAGAAGAAACCUGAACAUAGU